ACAUGAUCUCAUUCAGAGGCGCCGGUUUUAUAUAUAAGGAAAGUUAAGGCUGGGAAACUCAUCAGAUGCUAGCAGUGGCUACCGACGAGAUUCAACUGGAUUCAGGGAGUUCUAAGACCCACCGACAACAUGGUGAUGCUACGAGUUGAAGAUCUGGUAACCGGUAAGAAGAGCCUGGCUAAGCCCGGGGAAUGGGAGGCUGGUUCGUUGAGUGUGCCGGAGGAGUUCGGAAGUGGAGGAUACUGCUCUGCGGUGGCGAUCGAGAAACAGGAUGAUCUGAAGAGCCAGACAGAGCCUUUCCAUUUCAUACCCAGCCACCAGCACCAGAAGGAGAAACUCCAGCCAGUGGCACAUAGCAAAAACAUAAAACCUGUGGAACAGAGACUGAAGCUCGAAACUAUAGACGAUCUUCAAUUCCUCGUUAGGUUGAAGAAGAAGAAACAGUCUAAGACUAUUGCACCGGGACUCCCAAAGGAACAAGAACCGGAAAUUAUAACUGAACCUGUAGAUGUUGAAACGUUUUGGAGAGCGGCUUUGGACAACAAGCCCCUUGUGGUGGAGAAAUACCUUGCAGAUGGUGGCGAACCGGAUGUUUGUGACCAGUUUAACAGGACUGCCCUGCAUCGCGCUUGCUCGGAGGGAAACGAAGAGAUUGUACUGAAACUACUGGAAGCCGGAGCCUCCACAGAGUUUCGCGAUAUGCUCGACGCAACAGCGGUCCACUGGUCCUGUCGCGGGGGCAGCCUGGAAGUUUUAAAAAUUCUGCUAAAUAAAGACGCAGCUGUGAACGCAAAAGACAAGUUAAACAGCACUCCUUUGCACGUCGCUGUCAGAACCGGACAUUAUGAAUGUGCUGAACAUCUCAUCGCGUGCGGAGCAGAACUUAAUGCGAGAGACAUUGAAGGGGACACGCCUCUGCACGAUGCAGUGCGACUAAACCGUUACCGACUAAUGAAGCUGCUGAUGAUUUACGGAGCCAAAAUCACUUUAAAAAAUUGCAACGGACAGACACCAUUGGAUCUUGUUCUUCAGUGGCAAACUGGCACAAAGGAAAUACUUAACCAAUUUAUGGAAACCUCCCAGAUGUCAUCAAAAUGAAGCCUGCUGUAGUGAGGAGUAAAGGGAGCCUCUUCCCUGUCCCCUCCUCCAGCCCCAAGGAUGCCAGGUGCAUUCUGCUUUGAAUUUCUGAGAACUUCAACACAUUCGCGACAUGCUUAGUAUUAGAAAUGUUCAAUCUUCAAAGCUCAAUAUAACAAAAUCUAUUGAAAGUGCUUCAGUUCAUGCAUAAUGAAAAUGAACUUAGAGAAGUGAAAAGUUGAGGCUGGUUUUUUUAAAUGAAGACGGAAGUUCCUGCUGACGUUUUCAGCUGUCAAUAAGGGUUUAUUCUGAAAAUAGGAAGUUGAAGGAAUGAGACUGGAGAACACUGAACAAAUUCGGAGUGGUUUGUGUAUACAGGAUUGAUGUUUCAGAGAUAAUAUAUGGGACAAGGUGUUUUGUAAUUAAUUGGCAAUGGUGGAACGAUGUUUGAUUACCACCCUCCAUAUAUUUAUUAAGAUGGCAAUUCAGCUAUUAAAAUAGUUUAUCAAAAGAUAGUUGGAUUUGAAAGUGGGUUCUUGGAUGGAAUUUAGGUAUGGGCUAGAUGUAAGCAGAAAGUCAGUAAGUAAGGAUACUGAAAGUUAUGAACUGAAACUUUACGAGGUAAUGAACUAUAUUUAUGAUGUAUUAUUUGUACAUUUACAUGUUACAAAUUUGUAAAUUUUGUACACAUUAUGUACUGUUAUUUAUUUGCAACUUAAAUGAAACGAGUUUGCUUUUGCAAGUGGGUUAUGAUUCCAAACAUCUAUUUAAGAAAAAUAGUAUUUUCUAUAAGACUAGUUAUACGAUAAUGCAGGAAAACAGAAAGCAAGUCUCCAACCAUGGUUGUGGUUCUUGAGGCCAAGAAGACUUGAGAAUCUGAGAUGUAUAUCAAUGGUCAUCUGGCAGAUUUAAAUGUAAUUGCAGCACAGAUGUGACCAAGACCUUUGGUCACAGGCAAGAUUUUGCAUCUAGACAGUACAUUUGGGUGAUUGUACUCAUGAAUCCGCCCAUGAAUACAUGCAUGUGAUCUGAGGUAGAGUUGGAGACUCUCAUAAUGAAUAUCUUCAUGUCUUCUCCUCAGAAAGUGAUAUUAUUCAUAUAAUAUUUAAAGUGCUAUUGUGAUUUAUUUUGAAAGUUAUUGUACUAUCUUACUUUGUGAUUUAUUCAAACACUGAAAACCAUAUUGUAAGCAGAACAAAAAUAAACACGAUUGAGAUCUUUUCCAUCA